AAAAUCUUCAAGCGUAGCCAUAUUCUUCAUGAACACUUCCAUGCAACUACAGUCGGACGUGCUGGUGCCGGAGCAGUCGUCGUCGUCGCCGCCAUCGGAAUCCUCCCCUAGCCACCCCGCGUGCUCUGACGAGGUUGGGGUCGUGGUGCUGGCGUCGAGCAGGCCGAAGAAGCCAGCUGGGCGGAGGGUCUUCAAGGAGACGAGGCAUCCGGUGUACCGGGGGGUCCGGCGGCGGAACAGGGGCAAGUGGGUGUGCGAGCUCCGGGAGCCCAACAAGAAGACCCGGAUAUGGCUCGGGACGUACCCGACAGCGGAGAUGGCCGCGCGAGCCCACGACGUGGCCGCGCUGGCCCUCCGUGGGAGGCAGGGCGGCGCGUGCCUCAACUUCGCCGACUCCGCCUGGCGCCUUCCCGCCCCGGCGUCCCACGACGCGGCCGAGAUACGGAGGGCCGCGGCGGCUGCGGCCGAGGCGUUCCGGCCUGCCAAUGCCGAGGAGGCGGUCUCUUCGGGGGGCGAAGCCAGCGGAGGGAGCAUAUGCACCGGCCGAGAGGCAAGUGUGGGUGCUCCAGAUGAUGAUGAUGAUCAUCAUCAUCAUAAAAUGGUCAAGCAAGAGAGAGAGUGCGACUCCAUGGAGAUUGAAGAGACGACGUGGUUCGACAUGAAGAAGUGGCUCGAGGGUCCUCUUCUAUCUCCGACGCCACACGAUGCCAGCGUUCAUUUCAGCUGGAACUCCGAUGAGGACAGCGAUCAUGCAGAUAUUUCCCUGUGGAGCUACUCCUUGUGACGACGACGAUGUAAAUUACGCAGCUUAGUUGUUUGGGACAGGCGAGGCACCUGGUUUUUUUUUUUUUUCUUCUGGUGGAAUCAUUGUCUCGUUCGUUGACUUUUGUUGUCUGGUCAG